AAAAAAAUUCAGAUCCAUUGUUGUUUAAUUAUUUGGGAAUAUAUAAGCUGGCAAGCAACAAUAAAAAUUGGAGUAUUGAUUUGUCGUGUGCGCGCGUGGCAGAACGAUCAGGCCAGACAAAUUUUCGCCGGUAGCUGGUGGCGGCCGCCUUCCGAUAGAAAACCUCUCGAGCUGUACGGCACGUUAUCUCUAUUCCCUGUAUACAAUUCCACGAUUCUGAUCACCGAUUCCAUUGGGGAAGUGAAAUGGCGGCUCCUGGAGACUCAUGGGUGAGGGAGUAUAAUGAAGCAGUCAAACUUGCUGAUGAUAUCACAAACAUGAUAUCUGAGAGGAGUUCGUUACCCGCAACUGGGCCAGAAGCACAGCGCCAUUCUUCUGCUAUACGGAGGAAAAUAACCAUACUAGGAACCAGACUCGAUAGCUUGCAGUCCCUUUUCUCUAAGCUACCCGGAAAGCAAUCCCUGAGUGAAAAGGAAAUGAAUCGUCGUAGGGACAUGGUUGCAAAUUUGAGAUCAAAAGUAACUCAGAUGGCUUCUGCAUUGAACAUGUCAAACUUUGCGAUCAGAGACAGCUUACUUGGGCCAGAAAUAAAGCAGGCUGAUGCCAUGAGCAGAGCAACUGGUCUUGACAACCAUGGCGUCGUUGGUCUUCAAAGACAAAUUAUGAAAGAACAAGAUGAAGGUCUUGAAAGAUUGGAGGAGACAGUCUUAAGCACCAAACAUAUUGCAUUGGCAGUGAACGAAGAGCUUGAUCUACAUACCAGACUAAUUGAUAAUCUGGAUGAGCAUGUUGAGGUUACCGACUCCAGACUACAGCGAGUUCAAAGGAAGCUUGCGAUAUUGAAUAAACGGACAAAGGGGGGCUGCUCCUGCAUGUGCCUGCUGAUAUCUGUUAUAGGGAUCAUUCUGCUGGUUGCUGUUAUAUAUAUGCUGAUCAAGUAUUUGUAAUAUAUGAUCGAUUUUUUGCUAUGAAAUGAAGAGCUCAAAGGCUCGGUUUGUGUCCUCCUUGAAUUUCGGUUUUUUUUCCUUUGUUUCUCAAGUUCUUGUGUAAGUAAAACGACAGGAUUUGAUUGCCGAAACUAAAGUUCGUCCCGCUUGUUGUAAAAACUAUGUUCACUUCUUUUUCUUUGUGUGAAAAACAUGUGCUGUUGAGUUUGAUGAUAUUUGUCAUAUUUGCUUUGU